CAUUUAGCAUUUUGGUCCUUACCAUUUUCCUUUUUUUAACUUUCUCCUCCUUCCUCUUUCCCCACCCCCAACUCCAAGUCACCGCCGCAUCUAGGUUACCACCACGCCGGUGUCCACCAUGGCCGGGGACUGGCAGGACCUCGCCCAAGCGUCGGCCAUCGGCCUCCUCUUCGCCUUCCUGGUCGCCAAGCUCAUAUCUAUCGUCAUCGCCUUCAAGGAGGACAACCUCCGCAUCACGCGCUCUCCUCCCGCUUCCCCCACCGCCGCCUCCUCCCGUUCCCCUGCGCGCCCGGCCACCCCAGCCCCCGGAGCCCCUGAACCUCCCUCACGCGACGUCCACAGCGACGAGUCCAGCGACGACAGCGACUGGGAGGGCGUGGAGAGCACGGAGCUCGACGAGGAGUUCAGCGCCGCUUCCGCCUUCGUCGCGGCCUCCGCCGCCUCCGAUACCAGCGUCCCCGAAGAGGCGCAGCUGCGGCUCUACGGGCUCUACAAGAUCGCCACCGAGGGGCCCUGCACCGCGCCGCAGCCGUCCGCCCUCAAGCUCAAGGCCCGUGCCAAGUGGAAUGCUUGGCAUAAGUUGGGUGCUAUGCCUACAGAAGAAGCCAUGCUGGAGUACAUCACAAUUGUUAACGAGCUAUUCCCAAACUGGGCUGUCGGUUCAAGCACAAAAAGGAAAGAUGAACAUAGCAUAGCUUCUGCUUCAGGUUCUAAGGGGCCGAUGGGACCUGUAUUUAGCAGUUUGAUGUAUGAGGAGGAAGACCAAGGAAAUGAAUCAGAACUUGGUGACAUUCAUGUUUCAGCGAGGGAAGGAGCAACUGAUGACAUAGUAAAGCAUCUGGUUGCUGGUGUGGAUGUCAACAUGAGAGACAGUGAAGGGAGAACUCCGCUGCACUGGGCUGCUGACCGUGGCCAUCUAAAGGCUGUUGAAAUUCUUGCAAAUGCAAAUGCAGAUCUGAAUGCUAAGGACAAUGAAGGACAAACGGCACUUCACUAUGCUGUCCUUUGUGAAAGAGAAGACAUUGCUGAACUGCUUGUCAAGCAUCAUGCUGAUCUUCAGAUCAAGGAUGAGGAUGGGAGCACACCCCAAGACUUGUGCCCUUCGAGUUGGUCUUUUAUGAACCAGUCAAACUGACAACACGGAUGCACCGGACAUUUGUUGACCGUCUGCUGCCCAAGAACACGCUGCACUAUAUUUGCUGUAUCUUAAAUUCUUAGCGCACUUGCUCGCGUGUUUUUUAUCUGGAGUCUUGUAUGAAGCUUGGGAAAUCAGAUGAGUUGUUUUAUCGACCUCAUCUUUAAAGUUGUCAGAGCUCAAGUUAUUGCAGUGUUAGUGCUGAGAGAUACUUGUAUCGCUUUACACAGAAGAAUUAUACUAGUGGAUUUGUGUUGAAUACCAAUGGUCUCUUAGUGAAAGAAGUUCCAUACCGUACAUGUUCCAUCA